AUGUCUUCGGAUCUACAAACAAAACUUGAUAUUCUCAAAACGAGUAGUGUCUCUUCGAAUUGUUUGAAACUUUUCCCUGUAGGAAAGAAGAGAACUCAAAGGGUCUGUGUUGGUGAUAAUGAAGGUGUAACCCAAGCAUUUGCAAUUAAGAAAGGAUCUGUAAAUACAUCAUUCAAAACGCUUGCUCAAGGAAAACCAAUCAAAGGAGUCGAAUUACAUAAGAGUCGUGUUUUUUAUGCUUGUGGACAAACAGUCAGAGGAGUUUCAAAGAAAGGAAAGGAAUUUUAUAGAUUGGACAGUAAUAUUUCAGAAGAUGCAACAGGAAUGGCUGUAAGAGUUCCGAGCCUAUGGUUAAGUGGUAAUUAUAUUUUGUAUCACUAUGUAGAUUCUGUUGAAAAGGGAUUUUUCAUGUCCCCUGAUAGAAUUAAUACAAGUGCACCUCAUUUUGACUCUAAUGAUCCAGGUAAUGAUAAGGUUUUCGUUGGGUGUCAAGAUAGAAAAAUAAGAAUUGUUAGAAACACUGAUUGUGAUGGACAUAUUAGCACCGAAGGUGGUGUAACAUCACUUCUAGUUAAUGAAGAACAAAAAACUGUUUAUUAUGGAACGGAAUCAGGUCAUGUUGUUGCAAUGCAAAUGCAAGGAAAUGAUUCUAGCGCAAAAUGGAAAAUUGAUUCAGAAAAAUCUGGUGUAAAUGAAAUGAUGUUGUAUGAUAUUAAUGGAGAUGGAAAGGAUGAGAUAAUUAUUGCAAGAAAUGAUGGUUCUUUGGAGAUUUAUUCAUUCCUUAGUGGAAAUGAACCAACAAGAAUAUUGAAAAGAUCUCUUGAUGAAAGUAUUACCUGUGUUCAAGCUGGUAAGCUUAUUUCACCAGAGUUUGAUGAUAUUUUGGUUUCAACUUUCAGUGGAAGAUUAAUUGCCUUUACAAACCAUCAAUACAAUUCUACAAGCACUCCAACUUCAACAUUUGGAUUUUUGGACGAUAAGAAGAAGGUUGUUGGGUUGUCAAAAACAGAAAGAAUUUCAAAUCUCCAGAAAGAAUUGGAAGGAUUAGAGGAUAAGUUAGCAAAAGUCAAGGUUAACUAUUCUAAAUUAUCUUCAGAAAUUGUUGCUGUGCAUUGUCAAUACGAAACAAAAGCUUCAUUCAUUCUUGAUACAAAAGAAGCUUUUUAUAGGUUGAAUGUAGAGUCAGAUGUACAUUUAGAAAUGGUUAUUAUAAGAUCAGAAAUAGCACUAGAUUUAUUAGAUUCUUCCGGAGACAACAAUGUAGUAGUUAGUAAUAUUACUGUCGAUGAAAAGAAGGAUGGUAGCAGCAAAUUCAUUGCGUCAUUCAGAUUUACUGAUAAUUGUAAGAGGAUUGAAAUUCUGUUGAGAACUUAUGAAGGAAAAUACGGAGCUAUUGAGGCUUACACUAUUCCUAAAUUGAAUCCAAAGAUUUCAAAGAUUCACCAAUUCCAUGUCAAACCACUCUCAUUGCAUGAAAGAAUGGAUGAUGAGAAGGCAAAAACAUUUAUUCAAAAUAGACCUUUGAACAAAUUGACUGUUUCAGGUUCUUUCACUCUUUCAGAGGUGCAUUCUUGGAUUGGGUUGUGUGUUGAAGGAAUUCCUGACAAAGUAUCUGACGAUGAAGUUGUGUAUUAUUUCCAUUCAACAUUCCAAGAAACAUGUCUAGUCAUUAGAUUGAAACGUGGUGAAGCUGUUGUUGAAUCUGAUAACAUUACUGCAAUUUCAGUUGUUGAAGAAGUUGUUACAAAGGCAGCCACUGAUAGAAAGACUAAAGUUAAUAUCAGUUUUGAUAUUAACGAUUCCUCUUUCGAAUAUGUACUGAAUUUAUUGUAUCCUAAGGUUGAAUAUCAACUUUCAUUGAGUGAAAAAGUUAAACUUAUUGAUGCUUUGAAAGAAAUUCAAUUACAAGAAGAAGAUGUAUCUUUCCUCUCAAAAGAAUUUAAAGCAAUUUUAGAAGAGGCUGAUCAAUUACUUGAAGAUUCUAAAUAUCAAACAAAGAGAUUAGACUUUUUAAAUGAAAUUCUCAUUAGAUUAUUCUUGGAUUGUAUUAAAUUUAAGAGAAAGAAUGCUCAAGUCUAUCUUCCAUCAUUUAAACAAUUACUGGAGAGUAGAAAGUACACUCUAGAAUCAAUUGUUAAAUCCUUCAAACAAUUUUAA